AUGUCGAACAAGACCAAAAUUCCCGAUGACCGCCAGAACCGCGCAGAAGAGGCUCGGCUAUUCGGGGCGACAUACCGGUAUGCCCUGCUGCUGGUUGUUGGUUCGCAUGAACUGAAGGACAUUAGGCUAACCUUCUUUUCUUUCUUUGUUAGUGACAAGAAUGCCGUGAAGAUUGUCCCUGGAGCUUCCAAGAAGAAGGUGAAUCCUGGGGCUUCAGCUGCUCCCAAGCCCAUUGACAGGAUCUCCCAUAACCAACGUGAUAGUGGCCCGGUUCGCGCCCAGGGUAAGUCUGCCCAGGGGAAGGCAGAACUUGCGUCCUAUCCCAAAAUGAAUCGGCCCCGCGCCGAUGAGGCUCUUGAGCCCGAACAAUCAACUCGCCCAAGCAAACGGCACCGACAUGAUGGCAACACCAAAACACACGACCUGACAUAUGGCAAGUAUACUCGCAAGGGCGGGGAUAUGGGGCACAGGCAUCAUGCUUCUCGGUUUUCUUCUGUCCAGAAGAAAAUUACUUCCAACCAGCAACAUCUCGAAUUCCGCGACGUAGAAGGCAGUGUCAUGGUACCUCGAAGCCCUGUCCAAGGCCGACGCUCAAGCGUACAAUCUGAAUCUCCUACAGACGAAAAAUUCACCUCACAAGCUAAGAAGCAAAGACUUGCCGGUCCUGAAGCCAACGCUUCUAGGAGAGAAGGUAUUGCUUCGAAUCUUGCGACACCAGCUUCGCGGCAGAUCCUCGAUUCUAGAGAAAGUCCAGAUGAGUUACAAGGCGAUGUAACUACCAAACCAUUACCGAGACAAUUGAACGAUAAGCAAAAGCGGGUCCGCGAGGGCAAAAACAAGCAUUUGUCACCCUCUCCAACACGAAAACGCUCGCCCACUGAUAUCCAGCCUACGGAGUUUGCAAGUUCCCCGCCAAGGGGCCGAAGAGGAUCAAACGCAAUCACAAACCUUCGAGGGAAUCCUUCAGUUUUGUGUAUCUUCGAUCUGGUCCUCGAUGAGAGCAUUGACCUGGGAGAGUUUGGCUCGCAUGGACACAUGAGCAUCCCCCUACGUCAGAUUCAGAUGAUCUUUCAUGGGAGCAAGCCCAGCUGCAAAGUAAGGGUCAUGUUAUCCCAGCGCAUUGAAGGUUUGGAUGACCGGGUGGACAUCGAAUUUACGGAGUUGGCGCAGAAGGGUCGAUUCAUGGCAUCGAUUCAGGCACAAGAGGUUAAGACAAAGGGGAAAUGGCGGCGUGACAUAGAUUCGGUCUUCAAAACCUAUGAACAGGAUAUGGCUGGGCAUGGCGACGGCCCUGGAAAGCCGUUGAUCGACAGCUCUUCAGCUGAGCCAGGUCAACCCCCGUCUUCUCCCCCGCCUCGUCAAAAGCUGUCCUCUGCUUUGCAGGGCGAUCCACUUGAACCUACAAAAGAAAGGUCCGGUAUUCGCAAAUUUGAGAAUAUCCCCAAGGCCGACCCGCCUGCCAAGAACAGAGAGCGCAGCGAACGCGAAAAUGAAAGCGAUAUUGGGCUUCCAAAGAAGAAGAAGUUGAAGCAGACAAAUCUUACCGGAGAACAGUCUCAUUCGACAGAACGACGCUCAGCUCGACUAUCUAACGUAACGAAAGACCAUGACCACGAUACGAUCGAACAACUUCCGAAAUUCCCCUUGAAGGAUGACCCAUUCCGAAAAAAUUGGGAACAUCCAUUGAUCUAUCCUCCGUACGGAAAGAAAAAGGCCGAAGUCGCCCUUGAAGAUCGUGAUCGGCUGCGUGAUGACGAGUUCUUGAAUGAUAAUCUCAUUGCAUUCUACAUGCGGUUCUUACAAGACCAUCUGGAGCGAACCAAUAAGGAGGCCGCGAAACAAAUCUACUUCUUCAAUUCCUACUUCUACGACACGCUCACAAAGAUGCCCCGAGGUCAACGCGGUAUCAACUACAACGGUGUCGCGAAGUGGACAAGAAAUGUCGACUUAUUUAGCUACGAUUACGUUGUCGUACCCAUCAACCAGAGCGCACACUGGUACGUUGCUAUUAUCUGCAACCUGCCAAGUCUGCUCGGUGACUCCGACGGGGAAGCUGAGGCCCAGAGUGAUGAUGAAUCAACACCAGCCGCCGCAAAGGAUACGGAGCCCUCCAGCGAAUCGAGAAGCGAGGUUCAGGAAGUUCCUGAGUCUCCUGAGCCCGAGUUCAACCCCUCCACACUCUCUAUCACCGAGACGACUGCGCAGAAGGCGCAAAGCCCGACGUCUUCCGAAUCCCCAAAUUCACAAAAUGCGGAGCGUUCUCUUAACUCCAAAAUCUCAGCCUUGGCACUGGGUGCGACGCCUCCCGAAAUCCAGACAGAUUCCAUCCAUACCUCUCAGCAAACAUCGAGCCCCAAGAAGAAGGGAAAUGCUGGUCACAAACUCGAUCCUAGCCAGACGACAAUUAUUACUUUCGACUCUCUCGACCUUGGCCGUUCGCCGACCAUCAAGAUCCUGCGUGAUUACAUCUGCCAGGAAUCCACCUCCAAACGGGGCAAGGAUGUGGACCCCAAGGAUAUCAAGGGGAUGCGCGCUCGUCAGAUCCCCCUUCAAAACAAUUACUCGGAUUGCGGUCUCUACCUGCUGGCCUACCUGGAGAAGUUCGCCCAAGAUCCUGAUCAGUUUAUUAUCAAGCUUCUUCAACGCGAAAUGGAACAGGAGGACUGGCCGCCAUUUGGCUCAGGACUGCUCCGCCAGCGACUUCGCGAUUUCCUUGAUCGGCUCUACCAGGAGCAGGAUAAAGUCAACAAUGGUCAAUCCGCGGGAGAAAAAAUCUUGGCAGACCAACAACCUGUCUCUUAUCUCUUGGGCUCUUGUGCGAGCGAGGCGAAUGUGGAAGUAAAGAAGGAAAAUAUGGACGAGCCACUGAAGCAUGAAGACCCUCCUCUGGCUGAAGAGGCUACCAAAAAUUCCCCGCCGAGUUCUCCCAGUGUUCAGGCCCAAAAAGAGCCGGAAGAUGACUCCGCGGACCAGCUUCAGCUAGUACCGAAUAACACGACGCCGCUUACUUCAACCGACAAAUCCUCCAAGACAUCCACUGCGAACGAUCCUCCGAAACUUCUCCCAAGUGCACUGGAGGACGACGAUGUGGUCGAGGUGCCUGAUAGUCAAAAGGCGAAGCAAGUCUCUUCUUCUAACUGUUCAGAGGUCAAGCCUGCUUCGGAGAACAAGGCCUCAAAAAAGAGGGUAAAAAACAAAGCGGCCAAAGAAAGUCAUGCUCCUGCGGAUAAGAAAAAACACCACAAGAAUGUGACGAUCGCCGCCGAGUCCGACCACCCUCUUGACCCCCGCCACUCAAAGCCCACAAAGAAACGAGCUCCGGCAGUCGAAAUUCAGGUCCGGGCAUCACCCACCCCAUCCAGCCCGAAGGAAGCACGGAAAAGCUCCCAUGGGAACAGCCGCAAAGACUGA